CAUCGAUUAUUACCAGCCUACAGGGAAUCACUUCGCCUUCGGCCUUGAAGUUUGUUCCUCUGCGCCUCCCGUACUGGCAGUGAAAACAUGGCGUCCGACAGUGACAGCGACGAGGAUUUCGUGACUUACGGGACUCCGCUGGAGCCUCUGGAAGAAGACGAGCCGUUGAAGAAGCCCGUCCCGCUGCACGAGCAGACGGUGAAGGAUGAGAAGGGACGGUACCAGAGGUUCCAUGGGGCGUUCACUGGAGGCUUUUCAGCCGGUUAUUUCAACACUGUCGGCACUAAAGAAGGCUGGGCUCCGUCAACCUUUGUGUCUUCACGGCAACAGAAAUCUGAGCAGCGUCAUGCCAGACCAGAAGAUUUUAUGGACGAGGAGGACUUCAGCGAGCACGGCAUCGCUCCGAAAGAGAUCCGCACUAGUCGGGAGUUCUCGUCCGGUCGCAGAGACGAGGUCAGAGAGAAGGCGAGGGCGGUCAGCGCUCAGGCCGCCCUGAUCCCCGGAGACACUCUGCUGGAGGAGCUGAUCACACCUGCCAGCUUGUCCAUUGGGGUGGAGCUGCUGAAGAGGAUGGGGUGGAAAGAGGGUCAGGGUGUCGGGCCGCGUGUGAAGAGGAAAGCUGGCCGACAGCAGACAGACGGAGGCGGCAGAGUUUACGGCUGUAUGCGACCCCCUGCUGGAUCGGAGCACUCAGAGGAGGAGGAGGAGGAUGAUGAAGAGUUUGCUCCAGAGAACGUGACCUUUGCCCCGAAGGACGUGACUCCGGUGGACUUCACCCCAAAGGUGGGGGUCAAAGGUCUGGGGUACCGUGGUCUGGACCCGGGCCUGGCACUGCUGGGCGGAGGAGCAGCUGAACACAUCGACCUGUUCAGGCCGCAGUCUGAGACGAGGAGUCGACUGUUUGGAGACACACGGGGAGGAGCACGGAGAGGAGGCGUGGCCGGACAGGCGUUCGGGGUGGGCGCCCUGGAGGAUGAUGACGAUGAAGAAGUUUACCACAGAGACUCCAUGUCCAGAUACGACACGGUUCUGGGAGGAGAGGAGCCGGGCGACGGCCUGUAUGGCUGGACGGCACCACAGCAGUACACCAAGAAGAAAGACAAAAGCAAAGAUGCGUCGUAUCUUGGGAAAAUCCUGGAGGGAUUCACUUUGGCCCAAAAACCAGCUGAGGAUAAAACAAUCUUCCCUCCGCCUUCUCUGCCCAGAGACUAUCGUCCGGUCCAUCGCUUCAAUUCAUCAGUCGAUGUUUCACAUCUUUCCGGGGUCAGUCCUGCAUUGGCUGAAGCUCUGAGGGUCUCCAGGGGCCACAUGGUCAAAGAGGAGCCUCAAGAGGGGGGACGGCACCAGCUGGACUCUGGCCAGCGGAGGGCGCUGCUGGGAGAAGACACGCUGCAGGGUCCCAGUUCAGUCAUGGAGCUGCUGAGGCCUGAAGACCGAGACCGACUGCUCAACCUCCGCAACUCCUCCAGCGUGCCCUCCGCAAGAACAGCCACCACAGACUCCCAUGGUGCCUUGCGGUCAGCAGGGUCCUCGGCUGCAGGCGGUGUGGCCUCCUCUGGCCUCCAGCAGGAGGCGCUGGCUGCGUGGAGAGGAGUCCAGACGUCCACACAGACCUUCAGACCGUUUGAGCAGAACCCCAGCAAACAGGCACGCUAUGAGCUGUACCUGAACCGCCUGAAGCAGGGAGACAAAGACGCUCUGGAGCAGAGUUUGGACCCGGCGCUGACGGAGUGGGAGCGCAGCAGAGAGAGGGAGGAGUUUGUCCGAGCCUCCAUCCUGUACAGGCCCUCCUCCUCCUCGCUCUCCUCCCGCUUCACCAGAGCUAAAGACCAGGAGGAUGAGGACAGCGUGGAGGUCAACCGGGAUGAGGAGGGCGACGUGGACGAUAAACAGGCCGCAGCAUCAAUGAAGAUGUUUGGAAAACUGACCAGAGAAAUGUUUGAGUGGCACCCUGAGAAACUGCUCUGCAAGAGGUUCAACGUGCCCGACCCUUACCCCGGGUCCGGUCUGGUCGGUCUGCCGAAGGUGAAGAGAGACAAGUUUUCAGUCUUUAACUUCCUGACUGUGACUGAGAGCAGAGACACAGCAGCUCCACCAAAGCCUCCUGAGCCUGGGAAAAGGUCUCGAUGGGACGUUUCAGACCAGAAGGAGGAGAAGAAGAAUGACCCUCUGAGCGAGCUGCUUAGUGCUGCACGAAACCAAACUGAGAUCAAAUUGGAACAAACGUCCACACCUGCUCCACCUGCCUCCACCAGCACCAGCAGUCGGACUACAGACAGGACGGAGGAGAAGUCAGUGGAUCAGCAGAGCUCAGAGAAGAAGAAAGGUGAUGGAGAAGAAGAGGAGGAGGAGGAGGAGGAGAACAGGCCUCCCAUGGACCUGUUCAAAGCCAUCUUCGCUGGCUCCUCUGAUGAGAAGUCCUCGUCUUCAUCAGAGGGAGAGAGCGGCGAUGAGGACGAUGUAACAAAGGAGGACGAGGGCAGAGUGGAGCCUCUGAACCUCUUCAACAUACCUGCCAGCGCCUCCUCCGUCACCUCCUCCGUCACCUCCUCCGUCACCUCCUCCACCAUCACAUCCAGCCAGCAGACAGCCACGGUUCCAUCUCAGAAAUCGACACAUGAAGAGGAGGAGUUCGGUCCGAAGCUGCCGCCUCCUUCUGCUGCUCGACUAUCAAAAGAGAAUGCCAGAGGAGGCGCCACCUCCAUCCACCCCCCUGCUGAGGAGGAGAAACCAAGGAACAAGAGCAGAGAGAAGAAACACAAGAACAAGAAGCAGCACAAACACAAGAAGGAGAAGAAGAAGAAGAAGCAUAAGAAGCACAAACAGAAAGGGAAGGAGCAGAAGAAGAGGAGUAAGAAGGAGGCGUCAGACAGCAGCUCAGAGGACAGUGAUGAGGAUGCCGAGGGAGACGCUGUGUCCACAGAGGAGCUGCUCAGAAGGUUGAAAUCUGUCCGGUCACAUCAGAGCUGGUGAAGCAGCAGGACGUGUCCUCUGUGAGGACGACUGACCCGGACAGGGCUGAUCUGUCUUCUCUACACUCAGUUGAUUUUACUCAACACAGCAUCUGUUGCUCUUGUUUUGAAUAAUAAAAGCUUUUGUCAUUUGACUGUAA